AUGACAUCUCGAAAGAGGAAACGAUCAAGCAGGCCAAGCACCGCUUGUGACAUCGAAGCCAAGGAUGAACCAUCCACACUGCUCAGAGCUCGCCCCGCCACAGCAUCGCUCGCAGUCGAGUCGUAUGGUCCUGCAGCCGCAGUCCCGGAGGGUAUGGUCGAAUGGAGACAUCCCGUUAGUGGUCGAAGUUUUCACAUCGAUCAGCGGACGGGUCACAGUACCGCUGUGAUUCCUCGGUCGUUGUCGAAGGAUGACGAUGGCGGUUCGGUAUCAGAGAGAAUUCGCGGACUGUAUGGAGGCGUCGGUGUGGAUCGUACAAAGCUGAAAAGAAGUCUCGGUCUUCUGAUCCCAGAUCGUGGGUUCCGAGCGGGUCGUGACGAAGUGGACAGCAUGGAUGAAUUCGACGACCCGAGCUUCGAUGCAGCGCUUGCUGCGAUGCCCUCGCCGUCUCACACUGCAACAUCAGAUUUGGUGUGGCGGAGUAGGUUCUUUGACUCAUGUCGAUCUGCAUCGCUCGUCAAAAUAGCUGCCAGAGAGCCACUGCAUCAUGAUGAUUCGGACGUCGGCAGCAUGACUAGGAGAAAGGAUGUCGUCGAGCUCGCGAUCACUCGGUUGGACCUGCAGACAGCUCACGUGCUGAAUCAGGUGGAUGGCAAACUCAUCCUCUGCAGCACUUCUUCGACCUCUUCAAAGACCAAUGGCGUCGUGUUCUGCAUCGACCAGCACGCUGCUGAUGAGCGAUAUCGAUUGGAGCAUCUGUUGGAGCAGUAUCUUGCCGACUGUGCUGCUGAAACUGCAUUGUAUCAGUUGGAGUCGACGAUCACCCUGCCGAUCUCGAUGCAGCAAUACGAUCUCAUCAAAGGAACUCCAGCCGUCGAGUCACAUAUGAAGAUGCUCGGCUGGUCAAUCAAAGCCAUCGUGAUGAUACACCCUACCCUCGGUCACGCUCAAGUCGAUCUCGACGGCAUACCUUACAUACUCAAAGACAAGGCUCUCACCGAUCGGGGCAAGGUGAAGGACCAGUCGCUGCUGCAGAAAUGUUUCACGGACUGUCUCGACUCUUCUGACCGACUCUUUGAGGUGAAGAUAGGAGAGGACUGCGUCUAUGAAUUGUUCAUCGCAAGCCUGGUGGGAGGUGGCAGCCACCUCGUCGUCGCAAACAGCGUCUUCCAGUCGAUCAGCAUCGAUGCCCUUUAUCGUGCACGCGAGAUGAUUUCCACUUUGUGUCUUCUUUUCGACCUGAGUCACGUCCUUCUUCGUGGGUAUGAUCGUUGUUUAAGUCAGCAUUAA